GAAGUCAAAUCAAGAUCUCCGAUGCAUUGCUUUAUAACCCUUGCAGUUUGCCAACGAUUGAGGCUUAGACCUUCCCUGGCCUUGAGCAAAACAAAUGAGUAGGAGCAGCACUAGGAAGGAUCUCCCUUUCAAAAUGUGUUUUUGUCAAGGUGUGAAUGGACCACACACCUGUGAAGAACCCAGGAAGCAGAGAUGCUCCCACUUCCAAGCUGGGCUGCCAAAGGCUCCCCCCCACCCAACUGCCUGUGAUUGGCUGCACACAGACCAUGAUGCCACAAUUGUAGUGAUGUCAGCAUGUGAUGCUGGGAGCCCCCAGAAUUCCUCGGCCCAUGCAAGAGGUGGCUGGAAGGUCCUGCAGAAGGGAGAGGACGGGUUGUGCAUGGGAGCUGCCGUCUCUAUAUAGGGUAUAUCCAGCCCUAUGCCUAACCGGAGGCAGCUGCAACGAGGCAGAAUCAAGGUGGCAGAGCUGACAUGGUUGCCUGAGAAAGGAUGGAGACCUAUGAGGACCACCUUUGGUGCCCCUACAAUUCCCAGAGCGGGGAGGACGAGGACGACAAUGAAGAGCCCUACCAUGACCCCCACCUGGCCAGGGUGCGUGCCCGGAGCACGAGCCGCUCCCGCCACCGCUCCUCCUUCCUGGUGGACGAGCUAGACAUGCUCAUGGACAAGGCAGCCACCACCAUCCAGGCCACGUGGCGAGGCUACCUGGUGCGGAGGCGCGUCCUUCGGGAACACGCUGCCGCCUCAGUCAUCCAGGCCGCGUGGAGGCACUUCAUCACCCGGGAGUACGCAGCCCUGCAGCGGGAGCAGGUGCCCUCGUGGCAAGGGUAUAGGCAGGAGCAUCGGGUUGAGAGGAGGAGGAGGAGGACUACGACAAGGAGGAGGACAACACCCUCCCUGGCCUCCUUCAACGAGGGGAGCAGGUCCUGGGGGGCCCCGGAGAUGGACCAAGAGCGAGCUACGGUCAUCAUCCAGGCACACUACCGGGGCUACAAGACCCGGCAGGCCCUCGCAGAGUGCAGGCGGGCAGCCACGACUAUCCAGGCACACUGGAGGGGCUACCGCACCCGGCAGGAGCUGGCGCAGAUGCCGCAACGCCCUGCUCACCGGCCCGGCCCGAGGGGGACUUACUACGGGCAGCCCAGCUACAUGCCCGGGAGCUCCUCUUGGGUGGGCCCCUACCCCAGGAAGCACUGGCGCAAGUGUCUCGUGGGAGACCCCGAGGAGUGGGCGAGCAAGGUCCCUCGGACUCAGCCGUCGCACGCGAGGGAACAUCCGGGGGGAGGCAGGAGAGAGCACCUGCAAUUCCGGGAAAGGGAGCGCCCCGAAUUCAGGGAAAGAGAGCAGCCAGGAGCCAGGGAGAGAGAGCGCUCGGAGCCCAAGUCGUGCCCCCGCUGUGGGAGAUGCACCACUGUGCGCGUCCUGGUGGGGGUGGGCAAGGGCCCGCCCUCCGAAUCGGACAUGGACGACAGCGAGUGCGAGGGGCACACCCGGCCUGCGUCCGCCAGGAGGAAGAGCCCGGCUCCCAGGUCGAGAGGGUCACAGUCGCCUGCCAGGCCAGAGCCUUACGGGUCCCACGGGUCCUACCAGAUGGGCCCCAGGGCCUAUUACCCCGGGAACCAGAGCAUGGUGUCCGAAGACCAGCCGCGGAGGCAGGGCCGGGAUCCCGGAGGCCUGAGCCAGCGCUAUUCCACGGGCCACGCGGCUGCCCGUCCCACACGGGACCGCAACACAGCGCGGAGCCUCUCCUCCACCAGCCUCAGCCAACAGGGAGCGCCCAGCGCGGGGACCUCCGAAUGGCUUUAUGAGAACUACUAUGCCCGCCGGAUGGGCGAGGGCCAGAAGCGGGUGUUCAAGACGCGGAAGCAGAUGUGGCAGGUGGCGCGGGCAGCGACCCUCAUCCAGGCCUUCUGGAGGGGGUGGAGGGCACGGCAGGUCUUGCGCCAACAGCAGGAAGCUGCCAUCAAGAUCCAGUCCGCCUACCGGGGCUACAGGACCAGGCUGUACCUCAUUGAGGCCGGAGUGCUGAGCGAGGGAGACACUGAGUGA